AUGGAGAAUUCGGUUGCUGCCAGAAUAUUAGUAAAUAUGAGUCGGACGGGUAUGAGUGAGGAAGAGGAUGUAAAUAGGGCAAGGGAUGUAAAUGGGGGAGAGUUUCAGUACGAACAGCAAACUAUGAGUGAGCAUAAUGUACCGAUGCCGUUACCUGUGGUUUCACCGUAUGUGUUGCCUUGGAGUUGGUUUGUACCUCAGCAGUUUAUGGUUCAGGCUCCCGUGUCCCCUUCAUUGACUGGGGUUUCACCGCUUUCCGUAUGGCCUGGUAUGUAUGUACGGCGUGCGAAAAUAUCAGCGAUGACAUUUGAUAUUAAUGUUUUGUGUUUUGUUGUUUAGGAAUGGCGCCUAGAAAACGUACGCGACACAAGUUUUCGGAAUACGAGGUUGAUGUUUUGGAGCGAACGUUUAACAGUGGUGUAAAGUAUCCGACGCUGGGAGAUAGAUUACGGAUGGCUUCACAGUUGAAUUUGUCAGAACGUAGAGUCCGCAUUUGGUUCCAGAAUCGAAGAGCAAGGGAGAAGCGUUCAGUCAGCGAGGAGAACUUUUAG